UCUGGGAAGCCCUGGUAAAGUAAAUGUGCCCGAAGACCUCUCAUUAGAAGAGAGAGAAGAACUUUUAGACAUUCGUCGAAGAAAAAAGGAACUUAUUGAUGACAUUGAGAGGCUGAAAUAUGAAAUCGCCGAAGUGAUGACAGAGAUUGACAAUCUGACUUCAGUGGAGGAGAGCAAAACUACCCAGAGGAACAAGCAGAUAGCUAUGGGGAGGAAGAAAUUCAACAUGGAUCCCAAAAAGGGAAUUCAGUUUCUAAUAGAAAAUGACCUGCUGCAGAACUCCCCAGAAGACGUAGCCCAGUUCCUGUAUAAAGGAGAAGGCCUAAAUAAGACCGUAAUUGGGGACUAUCUAGGUGAAAGGGACGACUUUAAUAUUAAAGUUCUUCAAGCUUUUGUCGAACUCCAUGAAUUUGCUGAUCUGAACCUUGUUCAAGCCUUAAGGCAGUUCUUGUGGAGUUUUCGACUUCCGGGGGAGGCGCAGAAGAUCGACCGCAUGAUGGAGGCAUUCGCGUCCCGCUACUGCUUGUGCAACCCUGGCGUCUUCCAGUCCACAGACACCUGUUACGUGCUGUCGUUCGCCAUCAUCAUGCUCAACACCAGCCUCCACAACCACAACGUGCGGGACAAGCCCACGGCCGAGCGCUUCGUCACCAUGAACCGCGGCAUCAACGAGGGAGGGGACCUCCCGGAGGAGCUGCUGCGGAACUUGUACGAGAGCAUCAAGAACGAGCCGUUCAAAAUCCCCGAGGACGAUGGCAAUGACCUGACGCACACAUUCUUCAACCCCGACCGCGAGGGCUGGCUCCUGAAGCUGGGAGGGCGGGUGAAGACCUGGAAGCGGCGCUGGUUCAUCCUCACCGACAACUGCCUCUAUUACUUUGAGUACACGACAGACAAGGAGCCCAGGGGGAUCAUCCCCCUGGAAAACCUCAGCAUCAGGGAGGUGGAGGACCCACGGAAACCGAACUGUUUCGAGCUUUAUAACCCGAGCCAUAAGGGCCAGGUCAUCAAGGCCUGUAAAACCGAGGCGGACGGCCGGGUGGUGGAGGGGAACCACGUGGUGUACCGGAUCUCCGCCCCGAGCCCCGAGGAGAAGGAGGAGUGGAUGAAGUCCAUCAGAGCGAGUAUCAGCAGGGAUCCUUUCUAUGACAUGCUGGCCACGAGGAAGAGGAGGAUUGCCAAUAAGAAAUAGAUCUCUCCCGGCCUCAACAGGUGAAAGUAGAAACCAAAACCCCGCAGCAGAAAGUGACUGGGAGCCUCCCCCGACACCCUGGGCCCCGCCUCGCUCAUCCCGCCGCCUCCCCGGAGGAGGCAGCGCCUGCACCGCGCGGGCCGCUUGGCGGGAGCGCCGCUCUGGGGUCGCCAAGGGCCCCGCGCAGCCGACGUGCCGACGCCCUCCUCCCGGCUCUGAGUUGGAAGCUCGUGCCCGCCGUGCCACACGUGCUCACCCGGGGCUGCGUUCACCGUUCUAGAAGCCGCUGUUUUGUAUCAGACAAGGAAGGAAAAGCUACCACUUUUUUAUUCAGAGUUUUUUUCUCAGAUAUAUAGGAUUAUAGCUUUUAUAUGCCUUUUUAUAUUCUGAAAUUAUAACGAAAGAUACUUUCUAGCAGUAGUAUUUUUAGAAUGGCAGCUAUAAAUAUAACUCCUGGACACAAGUAUAUACUGUGCACUGAAGAAAAAUUCUGUCCACACAACAUGCGCGGCACCGCCCGGGGGCCGGGGGCGGGUGUGCGGGCUGCUCUGCGGGCGCCCUCGUCCCGCGCGUCCCUGGCCAGGCCCCCUGGGGCUCCUCUUCCGCUCAGAUCACUUUCUAAAGGCAGGUCGUUAGAAGUGAUGGUUCUGGGUGUUUCUCUUGUAACCGCGGUCCCGGCACCGGCUCGGUCUGUGUGUUGAGCCCCAUGAAACGGCUGCUGUUGGCCUGUUCGGACCCCCCCACCGGCAGUUCCAUGUGGUUCACCGGAACCAUGGUUCCGACCAGCUUCCGACCAGUCUUCGCUGUUUAAAACCUGUCGGCAAAACAAAUGCUUCUUUUACUGACCUGGUGAUAAUUUGACUCGAUCUCUUGAUGUAACGGAUAGACAAGUAACUAGAGCGAAUCUCAUUUCACGUUUUCAGAGACUUACUCUCUCGCCAGGAGCAGGGAGAGAGCACGGUGUGGGAUGGAGGCACGGGGCACUUAGGGUUUCCUGUAAAUAGUGUAAAACCCCCAGUACAUGCUGGUGGUGGAACUUGAGUAGAUCCACCAUCAGGCGGCCGUCGGGUUGCUGUUGAUCUAAUAGUAGGUGCUCAGGACGUCUGCCGGGGGGAGGAUGGAUCCCCGAGCAGGAUGGGGCUGCGGCGCGGUUGGGGUGCUGUGUGCUGGGUCGCCGCCUCCGGGUCUUCGGGACGGGCCCCGUGCCCACGCCGUGGUCCCUGCCCCGCUGCGUGGGCACACCCUGCCUCUGCGCCCUUUGGCGUCACGAACUGUCCCGCACAGGGUGAGAGUCCCAGAAAGCGGACCUGAGACCGUCAGCACCCGUGUGAAGAUUGUCAGUACGAGUAACUGUUCCUGUGAGUUGCCUUGGUGCUGGAACUGACCGGCUGCGGGCCCCUGGCCUCGGCACCACUGACCUUGACGUAGCUUUAAAGCGCUAGAUGCAAAAGGGGUCUGAGCCCAGGACCCUCUGACCUGCAUCAGACUGAUAUUUUUGUUUCAUUCCCAAGCUUUUAGGCUUUGUUACUGUACCGAUACCUCAAAUUCGAAACUUCAGUUUUUGAGAAAGGCACGUCAGCAUUCUCGAAGUGCCCGGCUGGUAUAUAUGCAACUCUGGCCUCCCGUCUUCCAUGAACAGAUGGCGCCUGGAGCCCGCGGCCCAGCACUGCUCAAGGGCGCUCCAGCGGCGCCGGCCACAGCCGUAACACACCCGGGGGAGACCGUGCCUCUCUCCUUGUGUGCCCCAGGUAGGCCCCGGGGAGAUAGGGCUCUCUCGCUGGGCUUUGGCCUCAGUGGGGGUGGGAGAACCAAGCUUAGGGAAAGCCCCGUGGGAAUGGCUCCUCUGGGCGCCUGUGAAGGCGCGGCCCGUUCCGGCUGUUUCCCCGGGAGCCUACCCGGGGCAGAGGCAGAGGCAGAGGCCGCCGUGCUUAGACUCUGGGGAACCUGCCAUCCGUGUUAGGGGAGGUCCUCGAAUUCCAGGUUUUGUUGUGACAGUAUUAACACACCGGCAUACAAGUCCGGGGUGCCCAGCCGGGCAGCGGGGCUGUGCGGGGCUGUGCGGGGCUGUGCGGGGCUGGCUGCGGCCAAACCUCAACAGGGCCGUGUUCCUCCUCCUUUCCCCCGCCGCCCACGUCCGCACGCAGUGCUUGAAUUUUAGCCCCAACUCUGGCCAAAGACAAGCUUUCCUCCAGAGGCCAAGGGCAGGAGGCGGUGGAGGGAGUGCGGCGGGCGGAUGACCACUGCCCCCCCCCCCCCCCCCCCCCCGCCCCCCAGCCUUGGUUAACACUUGAGGUUGAAUUGGACGACCCUGGACCCAGGCAAUCAACAGUGUCUUCAGGAUUACGGAGCAACUUUCAACAGUUUAAUGUGGUACCAAACCGAAUCAAAAUAGGAGCUAUUUAUAGAUGAAGCAGCAUUUAGUGCUUCAUAUAAAGCAAUGCAUAUUUUUAAAAAAAUUAAAAUGCAUAUUAUCUACAUAGAUGUGCUUUGCUGAGAAGUUAGGUCUGUUGUAGACCUGAAACCACACGUUGUGAUUUCACAUUUUCUUAUUUUUUCUUAGACAUUUCUAAUUACAGUAAAUAUAGUUAAUAUGUAAAUAAUGUACAAAGAGAUUUCUCGAGUGUUUGUUAUUCAAUGUAUAUAUUUCCACAAGUUGCAUGAAGAAAUAUCUUAUUAUCUAUCGAUAUUUUGUUGUAAAAUGAAUAGCAAAAUUGGAAGGUGUAUGGCCAUCAACUUGCAAAUACUGUGUUCACAAAAUAAAAAAAUGCAUUGUUCAAAGACUA